UAAUGGAGAUGGAUGACUUGAAUGUGCUCAAUUAUUUAGGAAAUUUAUGGAGGAACUGAUAGCUUCCUGAUAGUCGGAGCAACUGCGAGCAGCAAUAACUGUGGAUUGCGGGAUAGUAUGAUAGUUGAACUGGCCCCACACCUGAUGAGGGAAGAUGUUGGCUAUGGACCAAGGUGUGGUGGAAGAAUGGCUGUCAGAGUAUAAGACUCUUCCGGAGACGGCCAUCUCCAGCUACGCCGCCUCGCUCAAGGAGAAGGGCUCGCUGGUGCCUGCCCUCUACAAGGUCAUCCGCGAGAACUACAGCGAUUGUCUGGAGCCCGUGUGUCACCAGCUGUUUGAGUUCUACCGUAGCGGUGAGCCUCGUCUCCAGCGCUUCACGCUGCAGUUCCUGCCCGAGCUGCUCUGGAGCUACCUGUCCGUCACCGCCGGACGAGACCCGCACUGCUCCGGCUGCAUCGAGGCCCUGCUGCUCGGCAUCUACAACCUGGAAAUAGUGGACAAGGACGGCCAGAGCAAAGUGUUAACGUUCACUGUCCCUUCUCUCUCUAAACCGUCAGUAUACCAUGAGCCCUCCACGAUUGGCUCUUUGGCCUUAACAGAAGGUGCAUUAGCCAACCACGGACUGAGUAGGGUUGUUUACAGUGGACCCUAUCUUCAGAGAGAAACGUUUACAGCACAGAACAGGUUUGAGGUGCUGACGUUCCUGCUCCUGUGUUAUAAUGCUGCUCUCAGCUACAUGUCCACCACCUCGUUGCAGUCCCUCUGCCAGCUCAGCUCACGGGUCUGCAUCUGCGGGUAUCCACGGCAACAGCUGCGACGGUACAAAGGCAUCAACACACGGAUGAUGGUGACCUCCGAAUUCCUGGUGCAGCUCAUCACAGGCAUCCAUUUUGCCCUGUAUAACGGGGAGUCGGACGUGGGGUCCAAAGCACUGGACGAUGUACUGUACCGGGCCCAGCUAGAACUUUAUCCUGAAGCAUUACUGGUGGGCCACGCCAUCAAGUCGACCAUGACGGGCGCCGCGCUCAAGUCCAGCAAGGAGGGCAUGCGCAGCAUCCAGGUGGAGAUCACGCCGACCGCUCCGCGCAUUUCCCGCAACGCCGUCACCAGCCUGUCCAUCCGCGGGCACCGCUGGAAGAGACACGACGCAGUGGAUCUGGGUUCCCCGGACGAGUUGAUGGAGAUCGCCGAGGAGGACGAGGGCUUCUACCCGCGCGCAGUGCCCGAUGGCGGCAGCAGCCCCCCCACCGUGGUGAUCAGCAACAGCUGCGGCGCCAGCAGCCCUGUGCCCCCCACCGCCGCCGCGGGCAAACCGACGGGCAAGGGCCAGAGGCGACUCCUGGGGGGCAAGUCCAAAGACAAGGAGAAGGAGAGGGAGAAGGAGAGGGAGAGGAGAAGGAGAGGGAGAAGGAGGGGAGUGGGCCGCGCCAUGAGCGAGAACACGGAGCAGCUGUCACUCAAACGCCUGACCCUCACGUCCAGCCAGUCGGUGCCCAGGUCGACCACGCAGCUCUCGCGCACGGCCAGCGCCGUCUUCUCGCCCUUCGAGCAGGUGAGCAACGCGCUCGCCAUCGCCACCGGCGGCCAGGGUCACCACCGCGCCCCGAGCCCCACGCCCGGCUCCAACCACUCCCUCGAGGUCAACCGCUACUCUGCCUGCAGCCUGCAAGAGGACGGGCUGAGCUACAUGGUGUCCAGUGGCGACCGCCUCAGCCCUGCCCUCCACCACAAGCAGCCGUCCCCGAGCAUCAGCGUCCAUCUGGCCCCUGACCUGUGAACUUUGACCUGUGGUGAUGUUACACGGGGGACACCCUCUCCCCCCAUCUUCUUGGUAACCAAUCUCGUCUGUUUUGAGAGACAACUCUGCCUUCUUGGUUGAUCCAACAUGACACUCCUCCGUCACAUUUUCCCCCACCCCAAGUCUGCACUUACACCCCCCCAAUCCCCCAAAUAAGCCCUUUUCUGGUUAUGCAAGAAGAAGAAGAAGAGGAGGCGAGAGGGGAAAGCUGCUCUGUGUGGUGCCCCCUGGUGGCAUUCAGCCAUACCUGUGGCACCUUAGAGAGAGUUCUCUGUUUUUAAUUGUUCAUUAUUUGUUGAUGGGAUGUGAAUCACUAAAACUGUUUUAAAUGAAGAUAAAGUAUUUUUCAAAUUAAUUAUUUUCUAAAGAGUCCCCACUUCAGUCACGGUAAAUGUAUUUUUUUUCUUUUAUUGGUGUCGCAAUUUAUUUAAGAUCUCUUAAUAGAGUCCCCCAUCAACUGGUUAGGUAUUGUGGCCUGUACUCCGGACUGUUUAAAGUGUGAUUUCUUUUCUUUUCUUUUUUUAAGUGUCGUUUUGUCUGUGUGUGUGUGUGUGUGUGUGUGUAUGUGCAUGCAUGAUUUUGUGUUUGAGUGUACUGUAAGACUAUGUUGCCAUGGGUGUACUGUACUUGUUCAGGCGGGAUAUUUUCUAAAAUGAACGUUGUUUAGUGACUAACCCAGAUAAAUUAACUCCGGGUUAGUAGCCACCUUAUCGGAGUAAGUAGUUAACUUAUCUGGCUUAGUGAGUAAAACCACAAAACCGCAAAUCUUGGAAAUACCCCCCUUUGUUGGUUGGCUUUGCUGAACAAAAACGCGUCGGCUUUUUAUUUUUAUUUUUUUUCUUAAAAUAAUGCUUUAUUUAAGAGAAGCACAGCACAGCAUGUUUGAUGAAGCAAUGGAAAAUGGGUCAAUCAAAAAUUACCCAUGAUGCACUAGGCUUAAACCUAAGCCAGCACUAUGUGUUUACCUAACUUCUGGCCUAGCCCCCAAAUCCUCGAUAUGAUUGUGCAGUCAUAUUUUUACCACUAUUGACCGUAUCUGUUGGUACAAAUCCACCAAAAUUACCGAAAUGUUUAAAACAAAGGAAAAAAAGCUUUGUUCAUGACAGCAUUUUGUUUCCAAGAUGCCGAAGAAGCAAUAUCUCUUUAUUUUGAUCCAGUAAGUAACUGUGAUAGCUCUCCGCUGUGCUCCGACUGGUAUACUUGCAGAAUGAGACAGUGAAGAGAGCAGGUGUUGUACGAUGACUUUUUUUAAUGUAUGCUAUACAAACUGUGGUAUUAGGAACGAGGGAGAGGAAGGUUCCAUUGCAGUAUUAAUGUUUUUUGUUUUUUUUUUUUAAAUGUAAAAAAAAAUCAAAGCACAUGUUUUAUUUUCCUCCAAGAACAACUUCAGACCAGCGUGACAGGGGAUGCAGUGGAGUGACAGCCAAGUAUCUCACCCCUCGCAAAGCUCUCUCCAGUUCUCCUUUCUGCAAAUUGUAUUGGUUCGCCCAUCUUUACAUGAUUUUUGAUCGUAUCAUGUUACUGUCUUCUUAUGAUUGGGCUGUCUGUGCGUGUGUUUGUUUAUAUGAUUGCGAUUAUUUAAUGGGUAGAUUGGACGAAUCACUGUGGUACUGUAUGAUCUUCACGAAAUGGGAAAAUAAAUUGCUUCAUUUGAUUAUUGGUUAGCUUCGUCUCCAUAAAGUAUGUAUUUGGUAAAGUACAGGGGUGUUUUUUUUUUUUUUUUUUUUUUUAAUUCACAAUGUGGAAAUGUAACAAUCAUGGCUCCAAAUUUUUGUUUACAGAAAUGUGGAAAAAUGCUCUUGUGAAUUGUACAUAUUAUUGUACUAAAGUUUUUUUUGUUUUGUUCUUUUUGCCUUUUGUCUGAAAGUAACUCAAUGAUGGAGCUUCUCAGAUAAUAAAAUGUUUAUAUUUCUCUCUGGGUCCAUGUCCUUGUUUCAUUGAUAAUAAAAUGUUUAUAUUUA